AGGAGAAGUCCGAAGCAGAAGACAGUUCCGUGCAACCGAUCGUGCGUCGCGCAUACGCGCGCCCCGCUGCGUCAGUCUCGCAUUCUCGUGGGUGGAACCGGUUUGUCCACGUGGGCCACGCGAUCCAGAGGAAGCGGGCCACGAUGCGUCCUCCGUCGUCGUCGUCGUCGUCGUCGGGGAUGGUCGCGCGCUGGGUAUCCUUGAUCCUGCUGCUCGCGACGGCUCGCCCGACACCGGCGAGACAGCCGCACAUUAUUUACAUCCUGGCGGACGAUUUGGGAUGGAACGACGUUGGUUUUCACGGCUCCGGCCAGAUUCCGACGCCGAACAUCGACGCCCUCGCCUACUCCGGUCUACUGCUCGACAGGUAUUACGUCACUCCGAUAUGCACGCCGUCCAGGAGCGCCCUGAUGACCGGCAAAUAUCCCAUUCACAUCGGGAUGCAACAUGGAGUUCUCAAAGGUGCGGAGCCUAGAGGACUGCCGCUGCACGAGAAGAUCUUGCCGGAGUAUUUGCGCGACCUUGGCUACAGCACGCACAUCGUCGGCAAAUGGCACUUGGGCUUCUACACGAAGGAGUACACGCCGACCUACCGGGGAUUCGCCUCGCAUACUGGCUUCUGGACCGGCCACCAGGAUUAUUUCGACCACACGGCCGUUGAAAGCCCCUACUGGGGUCUGGACAUGAGGCGGGACAUGGAACCGGCAUGGGACCUUCACGGCCAAUAUUCCACGGACGUCUUCACAAAGGAGGCGUUGCGGCUGAUCGACCGGCACAAUUCUAGUCGGCCGUUGUUUCUGUAUCUCGCCCACGCAGCUGUGCACUCCGGAAACCCUUACAACCCGCUUCCGGCGCCAGACGAGGAGGUCGCCAAGUUCGAUAACAUCUUCGACUACAAUCGUCGACGUUUCGCAGGUAUACUCAGCAAACUGGACAAAUCGGUGGGCCAGGUGGUGGAGGGUCUGCGCAAGAAGGGUAUGCUGCGAGACAGCGUAAUCAUCUUCUCGACGGACAACGGCGGGCCCGCGGCUGGAUUUAACCUGAACGCCGCGUCCAACUGGCCCCUAAGAGGCGUGAAAAAUACUCUGUGGGAAGGUGGCGUGAGAGGUGCGGGGUUGAUAUGGUCGCCGAAAUUGACUCGAUCUGGCCGAGUAAGCAGGCAACUGUUACACAUCACCGACUGGCUGCCGACGCUUAUAACAGCCGCCGGUGGCGAUCCGUCGAAUUUGAACAUCGACGGCAUGGAUCUGUGGAGCGCGCUCAGCGACGACACCGAGUCGCCCCGCACCAGCGUUCUCCACAAUAUCGACGAUAUUUACGGCGUAUCAGCCGUCACGGUCGGCGACUGGAAACUUGUUCAAGGGUCUACUUAUAACGGGGCAUGGGACGGAUGGUACGGCCCAUCCGGCAGAGAAUGGGUCUACGAUGUGGGUGGCGUGAUCGGCAGCGAAGCAGGACGCGCCGUCGCCAGCGUAGGAUUAGGUAUCACCGCGGAAACGGUGAGGAUGCUGCGAGAGAAAGCGAUGAUCAAGUGCCCGCCGAAGAACGACAGCCUGCCGCUCUGCAAGCCGCUGCAGGAGCCGUGCCUCUUCAACGUCUACCAGGAUCCUUGCGAGGAUAAUAAUCUCGUCAGGCAGUCCCCGACGAUCGUGCGGAAGCUGCAGGAAGAGCUGAAGAAGUUCAACAGCAGCGCGAUUUAUCCCGGCAACCUGCCCUGGGAUAACAAGGGCGACCCGAGUCUGUGGGACCACACUUGGAACAAUUUCGGAGAUUACGUCAAGUUCUUAACCGCUGUGGCUUGAUCGAUCGCACUGACAGUCGGCCAUUUCACGUUCAAAUUCGCCUUGCUGUGCGACGAGCAACGCGCGCGAGUUAUAUGCUUGAAAUACUCGUUGUUUGUUCAGCGUUUGUUCAGCUUCUACUCGGAGAAUGUCACUUCUCGAUGUUUUACGAAGAGAUAUAUACGGUAUCGUACAAGUACAUAGUCUUUUUUACAUGUUUAUAUAAGCGUUGACGAUAAAAGAAGAUGUGUGUAUCCGUAAUAGAUUAUAACGAUACCUGAUUACGACGUUAUAUCGAGAAGGUUGUUUCAUUCAUAACCAUCGCGUGGCGUCGCCCAACGUGUCGCCGCGUUUGUCACCUCGUCAGUUCGUCAAUGUCGUUUCGUGUCAGGGAUUUUAACGUACCUGGGAGGGAGAAUGUCUAGGAUAUUUUUUAUUAUGGAUCUUUUUAUUAUGGAUUUUUUUUCUCAUGGAUGAAUAAAUCCAAGCACAAAUUAU